ACGUACUGACUGACGUCUGUUUCCACUGAAAAACACAAUUUUAUGCCACAAUUUAAUAAUUUAGAAAAUCGUAAUUCCCUUAGAUUGGACAAUUGUUGUGGGUUUUCAAACUGCGAGUUUCGAAGAGUCAUCAAUUACACUGUUUAAUGGAGGCCGUUUUGAACUGCAGACCUGAGGAUUUGGAAGAUUAUUACGGUUUAUUAGGAUGUGAUGAGUUAUCAUCGACAGAACAAAUUUUGAACGAAUACAAGAUCAGAGCCUUGGCAUGUCACCCAGACAAACACCUAGACAACCCCAAAGCAGUGGCCGAGUUUCAGAAGCUACAGGAAGCCAAAGAGGUUUUAUGCAAUGACACUAAAAGAAAAAAUUACGAUCUUUGGAAAAGAAGUGGAGUUGCUAUACCUUUCCAAGAAUGGCAAGCCUUAAAGGACUCCGUAAAAACAUCAAUGCACUGGGCUGUGAGAAAUAAGAAGGAACCCAUGCUGGAGGCUCCAAAGGCUGAAACAGAAAUCAAUGUGCAUGAUGAGGAUCUUCAUUGCCAGCGAGAAGCGUCAGGAAUGCACUCGUCUGAAGCUUCGUUAUCCUCAAGCGAUUUCUGCCAUCGCCGUUUCCGUUGGGCUAGUGACUCACCUUCCUGCCUGCUGCAGAAGUUCCGCAAUUAUGAUAUUUGAAUGCAGCGCAUGACAUCAAACCCUGUUAGUUCUGGUAACCUUGUGGUCAAUUCCAAUGUAUAACGUUCAUAUUUAAAUGUUUUAUUGUUUUAUCUUAUCAAACCACGUGGAUGCUGCUGAACCUAAAAUUCUGUGCAGUAUUAGGUAUUUUUGAAGUUCUUCAUAUUUUACUUGGUAUGUGACAAUUAAUGUAAGUUUAUUUAUAUGUGCCUUAAUGACUGGAGACUAGUCCAAGAUUGCCAAAAAGCAGCUUGGGUCGUGGUAUGAAAAUGGAAAUUCCUACUGUAUCAAGAGUCGUUCAUUAAA